CGUUCGUCACUUUCCUGUAUCACGACGGUUUCCUGUGAAAGAUGGCGGCGACCUUGUGUUCAAAAUUGCUGCCAAAACAGGGAUGGCUUCCCCUCACACAGAGUGUCCGACACGGGUCCAAGGCUGUGACCCGCCACAGGAAGCCUCUGCACAUCCAGAAACAGAAGCUGCUAGCUGUUACUCAGUACAUCCCCCCCGCACGGGAGUUUCCUCCAGGCGCUUACCCGUCCCAGACCAAACGCGUCCAGGAGGAUAAUGAUUUGACCUUACUAAUGAAGAGGGAGUUGAAGAAGUUGUUUGAGGAUUGUAAAAUGAUCGCUGUGGUCCAGAACAGCAGCAGCAGUGCUGAAGACAUGAUGACUCUCAGGCACCUACUUUACAAACACAACAUCACAGUCAAGUUCUUCCCCAACAAGGUCGUGCGGUCGUUCCUGAGUGACUCCAUUUACUGCAACAUGGGUCCUCUGUUCGUCGGCCCAACGGUUAUGUUUGUUAGCAAAGAGCCGAAGGUGAAAGAGAUGCUGACGACUCUGAGGGGCAGCCCACAGAUGACACUCCUGGGAGCCUGUAUAGACAACACGCUGCUGAGUGCACAGGGCAUCGUGAGCUACUCCAAACUGCCGUCAAUGACUGUGAUCCAGGGCGAGGUGGUGAGCGGGCUCUCCAUGCUGACUUCCCACACAGCUUACCUGCUGCAGCGCCACCCGGCCCACCUGUCACAGCUGCUCCAGCAGUAUAUCAAACAGCAGAGCUCGGAUGGAAGCGCAGAGGCAGCUCCUAAAGCAGAGGAGGCCACGUAGAGCUACAGAGGACAUUACUGGGACUGGUGACUUUCAGAUCGAGAGCCAAGUGGAACAGCAAACGACUGUAAAUGGACUGGAUGCAGUCUUUGUUUUAAUUUGGCAUCAAUCAGACUUGAUUGAAAAGAAAGUCUUGAGUGAAAGAGAUAAAUUGGUGACACAGUGAGCGUCCACCUUUCGGACACCUCAGCCUGGAGGUGUCUCGAGUUAUUGGAUAAAUAAUGCUUCAAAUGGCUUUAUUUAAGUGUUUAAUAAAUGAUUUCAGUGCUUA